GUGCGGGGGAGGCGCUCUGUGCCAAGGGAAAGGCGAGAGAGAGGGAGAGAGAGAUCGCAGAGCGGCGGAGGAGAGAGGGAGAGGAAGAAAAGUUCCGUGGAUUGCCUCUGGUGUGGCCGGAGCGGGCAGAUGUGGGGGUCUGGGAGUGACAGGCACGAGGGAGAGUGAGGAAAAUGAAUGUUCAGUGAAGUAUCAGGUCAGAACAAGCCCUGCCUCCGAAUUGAUGUUCUGUGGCUUGCUGUGAUUCUCAUGACCAAAACUUUUAUAAGCCCACCGAUGAGUCAUUGACCUGCAAGAUUCAAUCAAGUAGGAUUACAUUGAUCUCAAUUUGGCUAAAGAACCCAGUGCCACACCUUGGUCAAUCUGUCGAACAGCACGCGGAGAACAUUUGGAAUUAACUGAACCUCAUCCAGUCUUGGUUUUCCCAUCUUUGGUCUCUCUGAUUCUUUCUGCUGCUGCACAAAAACAACUGACAUGUGGAUGACAAGGAAAUAUAAAAAGUUAUGGCUGAUCCCAAUAUAUUGCAUCGCUGCUCCUUAAUCCCACCUCUGCUUGUUGAAAUUGGUUCUGUUUGAAGCUUGAACAAGUGGCUUCUGUCAGUCAGGGAAAUGACUGGGAUCUUUUUGUUGUUUCUUGCGCAACUGCAUGUUGACGGACUAUGACAAGCUAUAGGCCUGUUCAACAUGAAAAGGUGGAGGCUGGUGUCGAAGCCCUUGCAACCACGAGCACCUGCGAUUACUAUGCACCUCCAUUCAGGGCCCAGAACGGGAACGUGUGCAGUCAGGGAGAGAACGUGCCGCGGACAAGUUCUGCACCCGCCAUGCCAAAAAUGGGAGUCCGAGCGCGCAUCGCUGACUGGCCUCCAAAACGGGAUGUAACAAAGGACUCCACAGGGUGCGCUGUGAUGGACUUGGAUGGACCCACGGUAGAUAUUGAAUUAAUCUCGGCGCAAGGCUUCCAUAAUGGUCAGUGUUAUCCAAGCUGUCAAAGUACUCCUCAAGUCUCUUGGGCUCAAGGCCUGUCCCGCAAACCUCAAGGAAAAGCCAAGGAAGUAGAGUUUCAAGAGGGGUGGCCUAGGUCUCCAACCAAGAUGUUUGUUCCGCUGAGAAUGCGAAGCAACAGUGAGGUGACUCUCAAUGAGUAUGAUGCUGAAGGAGCCCAAGACUUCAAAGGGACCAAACACAGCAGUGGGAUGCUUCCCCUAAGGGAAUAUGGCAGCACCUCAUCCAUUGACGUUCAUGGUGUGGCUACUGGAAGCUUCUUUGACAUGCUGAAAGAGUUCAGAAACGAGAAGACCGAUCAGCGGAGCUCUGCGCCAGGAGACCUCAAGCAAUUGCUGCGGGUCGACCCGAGCAGGGCUUCUUGUCUCAGUCUCGAAGGCAGCACCAAGGCCGACGACAGCCGGAGCGAAUCAUCUCAGAGGCUUGAACCAAAGAGUGCCCACAAAGACCGGGAGAAAUCGCGCAAGAAGCAGUCGCGGAAUGAAAGCGGAGAGUCCAUCUUGAAAAAGCUGCGCAGCGGCAGAAGUGAGCAGGAGCCAGGCCGGCCGAGCUCAGACCAUGAAGACAGUAGGUCCCAGGACAGCAGUAAGCCGUGGGUUUGUCAGAAGAGCUUUGGGCACUUUGAUGUGCAAAGCAUACUGUUCGACCUCAACGAGGUGGUGAGCAACCGAAACUACGUGGCCCACCGGAGGAAUACCACUACUGGGGCUUCUGCUGCCUCGGCUGCCUCGCUGGCCGCAUCACGCUCUCUUGCUCAGGGGAACUUGGACUCCAACUUUACCAGCACAGAGGAGGUGAACGGCAAAGAGGACUUGGAACCCGAUCUGGGUGACAGCAACUGCAAUGAUCUGCUCCUCAAUUGCCCUCACUUCCGUAACGAGACGGGCGGAACCACCGAGCGGGACAUCAGCCUGUCAAAGACCAGCAGUGACACUGGCCCGGGCGUGGACUGUGAAGGUGGUUUUCCGAAAGCGGUUUGGAACCCGUACUGCACAAACGCCAGUGUAUCUGUGCUUGAGGUGCCAAAGGAGUUGCAGCUGCGGCAAGAGAGACUAAAGCACUUCAGUAUCGAGCACGUGGACCGGGGAGCCAGAUACUACCAAGAUUAUUUCCACGGAAAAGAGCACUGGAAUUACUUUGGAGUGGAUGAAAAGCUGGGCCCUGUGGCCAUAAGCAUCAAGCGGGAGAAACUGGAAGACAGCAAAGAGCAUGGAUCUCAGUACAUCUACCGAAUCAUCUUCAGGACAAGUGAGCUCAUUACACUAAGAGGAGCAAUCCUGGAGGAUGCAAUUCCAUCAACGUCGAAACACGGCACGGUGCGAGGGCUUCCAAUGAAAGAGGUGCUGGAGACGGUGAUACCGGAGCUGAACAUCCAGUGUCUACGGCUGGCGUUCAGCACGCCUAAAGUGACAGAUCAGCUGCUGAAACUCGAUGAGCAAGGGCUUAGCAGAAAGCAUAAAGUCGGCAUUCUGUACUGUACAGCUGGCCAGGGCACUGAAGAAGAGAUGUACAACAAUGAGGAAGCAGGUCCUGCCUUUGAAGAAUUCCUGGAUCAACUUGGGGAAAAAGUACUUCUCAAGGGUUUUAAUAAAUAUGCAGCACAAUUGGAUACAAAAACGGACUCGACUGGCACCCACUCCCUCUACACAACGUACCUGGACUAUGAGAUCAUGUUCCACGUGUCCACCAUGCUUCCAUACACCCCUAACAAUCGGCAGCAGCUUCUCCGAAAGCGACACAUCGGCAACGACAUCGUCACCAUCAUUUUCCAGGAACCCGGGGCUCUGCCAUUCACACCAAAGACUGUCCGUUCCCACUUCCAGCAUGUGUUCGUCAUUGUCAGGGUCAAUAAUCCAUGCACUGAGAAUGUGUGUUACAGUGUGGCAGUAACCAGGUCCAAGGAUGUUCCAGUCUUCGGGCCACCCAUUCCAAAUGGUUUCACUUUCAGCAAGUCUGAGCUCUUCAGAGAAUUCCUGCUGGCCAAGGUCAUCAAUGGAGAGAACGCGGCACACAAGUCGGAGAAGUUCCACGCCAUGGCGACGCGCACCCGGCAGGAGUACCUGAAGGACUUGGCGGAGAACAGCGUCACCAACACUCCAGUGGAAUCUACCGGAAAGUUCAAUCUCAUGCUGCUGAGCGCGAAGAAGAAAGAGAAGACAAAACCCCGACUGGGAGCUGAACUUCACAGUGCUGGGGCCAUCACGUGGCAAGUUUAUGCGCAGGAUUACAGCCAGGCAAUUGAGGUGGAGUGCAUUCUUGGCAUCUCCACCGAGUAUGUCGUGGUUGUUGAGCAGAAUACCAAGGACGUGGUAUUCAACUGCUUCAGUGACGAUGUCAUAGGCUGGACUCCUGACACGUCGACAGUCAAAAUUUUCCACAAGAGAGGUGACUGUAUAUUUUUACGUGCACUGGAGGAGAGUGUGGAGGAUAUUAAGGAGAUCGUCCAGAGAUUGAAAAUUGUGGCUCAAGGGUGCGAGACCAUCGACAUGACCCUACGGCGGAAUGGCCUCGGGCAGCUUGGUUUCCAUGUCAAGUACGAUGGCACGGUGGCUGAAGUGGAAGAAUACGGAUUUGCUUGGCAAGCAGGACUGAGGCAGGGAAGUAGAUUGGUGGAAAUUUGCAAAGUGGCAGUUGUGACGCUGACCCACGACCAGAUGAUUGACCUGCUGAGAACAUCAGUGACUGUGAAAGUAGUCAUCAUUCCCCCCCAUGAAGAUGGAAGCCCACGCAGGGGUUGCUCUGAAUUGUAUGAAAUGCACACAAUAGACGGUAAAGCCGAGAGUGAAAGCACGCCUGCGGGUUUGAGACCGCCAUACAGGACCAACACCCUGCAGUGGAGUGCUCCUGUGACCCACAAUGCAUUGCAGUCUCAACGAUGGCCAGGGAAUGUCCACACUCAGACAGCGAGUCGCAAUCAAACCUCUAGACAGCCGGGAGCCCCAGCCACCUACAGCGAAUCUCAAGCAAAGAGCAGCAAGCGGCCAGUCAGCUACCCAGAAACUUUGUACAAUACACCGCCAACUGCUGCAACGGACAGAAUUGCACCUUUCCGAAAUCCUUCCGGAAGCUUCUCCUCUUCGGGGUCUGGAAACGUCUUGUCCAGUCGACACAAAGUUGGUCCUGACAGCAGGUGCGGAGGAGGCCAACGCCCUUUACCACUCUACGAGCAUCACAGCCGGGAAGACGUGACGUCAAGUGGUGAAUCUUCAUCUGGAGGGUUAACCAGCCAGGAGAGCACCAUUGAGAGAAAUAAGAACGAGCCUUCGUGGCACCCCCCAACAAUGUCCAUGGUUUACUCAAACUCUGGAAACGUCUUUAAGCGGCUCCUGAAGCAAGAGCUGGCAGGCAAGGAUUCACCUAACAGGCAUGUCAAAGGUGAUGCCCACUACUCGAGCCAGUCGAGCAGUAACACGCUGUCCAGUGAUGCCUCCAGCGGUCACAGUGACGAGAGGUGGUUUGACAACGUGGAGCACAUGGAAGCUGACCUCGAGGCCUCAGUGAAAGGGGCGUCCAGUGACAGUGGCAUCGACACCACACUUUACACGCCCAGUCCCUUUGCUGCGGCCCCUGCGGUAGCCAAGCCUGCCAGAACGGUCCCUCGGCGGGAGAAGCCGCAGAAACCAAUGCAGACCUCGGUCACCUACAGUGAGCUGACGGACUGCAACAGGCGCGUGCUGGACUGUACGCAACCUUACGUGGAGAAGAAGAGGGACUCAUCGCCAGCACUGAGCACCGGCAGCCUUAGCAAGGGUCACAGGGUGAGAAACUACACCGCUUCCGGCAGCAACAACGCAAGCUUCAGCGCGAAUGCCAGCGGCGAGAGGGCGCAUCCCAGGUCCAGCCACCCCUCUCACACCCACAAGACCCCGCCACCAGACGUGUCCAAGCCACCGGUGUCAUGCUCUCAGCUCUCUGCUUCUGCCCCCAAAUCUUUCUACUUCUAUCAGAAUGUGAAGAACAUGUGCCCAGCAGGGUGGAAGAAAGUAUCCAGCAGCCAGGCUCGAUCUUUUGGAUACACCGAAACAAAGACGACAACCACUGUUGCCUCUACAAAUGUCUUCGGGCAGCCCAGACUGCGGGCAUCUCUCCGUGACCUCCGAUCACCCCGCAGAGCUCACAAAUCUACCCUGGAAGAGGAUUUGAAGAAGCUUAUAGUGCUGGACAGCCCUUUGCCGGAACCAGAUCGGGAAAUGAUGCAUUCUUCACGGAAGAGCCUACAGAGGACAGUGUCUGAUGAAAGUAUCUGCAGUGGCCGAAGGGAGCCGACUUUCCCCAAUUCCCAGCUCACAGCCAUCGACCAGGCAUUGCCGAGUGAUGUCAUCUUCACCAGCACCUACCCAUACCAAACACUACCCGUUCGCAGGCUGAAUCAGCCUCCCCCACCCACUUACGAAAAGAAAAAUAACAUGUCUGCCUCUGAGCUGUCACUGAGUGACGUGCGAGACCGAUUACCUGUGCGUCGUAACGAUCCGGGACUGAUGCCGCUGCCAGACCCGGAGACGGAGCUGGAAUGGUCCAGCCUGGUCAGUGUUGCCAAAGCAUAUGAGGUUCAGAGAGCUGUUUCUCUCUUCUCAUUAAAUGAUGCCUCUGUUGGAUCAGACCUUGGACCAGCCUACAACCCUGUGCACUCUCACCUUGCCCUCGAGCGACAGCACUCUCCCAGAGCACCUCACAUUCUCAGCAGCGAACCAGCAAUAGUGCUUUCGGGGAAGGUCUACCAACUCGAGGUACAGCUGAAGCAGCUGCAAGAUGAUCUGCUGAAGGAGAAGGAGGAUAAGUUUGUGCUGCAGGCUGAAGUUGCAAACCUGAGGGUGAAUAACCAGCGUCUCCAGGAGGAGUCCCUCUCCGCCACCGAGCAGCUGAGGAAGUUUGCCGAACUGUUUACCAGCACGAUGGAUAAGAAGUGACACUAUAGCCGCGCUGUCCACAACGAACCCAGACCUGUGAUUGUAUUACAGAGUGACGACCCAGCCUGGGAGAUUCCACAACAGUCAGUUUGUCACUAGUCUGAGGUGGUCCUUUCCGGACACGCAUUGCAGGAGACAGUGUUAGAUUGUAGUUGUGUUGCCUUUCCCUGCUCAGCGCUGCAGAACCUUGCCCCAAUAACAAUGCCAGCAGCAGCAAAGCCCGGGUCCUCAAAGCACCACAAGAGCCUGUUAAUCUCGCCUUCCAGCUCUCUGCUGCCCCCCAACGGCAGCCAAGUCCAAAACAAAACAACUCCCUUAUUUGUUGUCUCCCUUUUUAGCUAGUCUUAGUUUAUGAAAGCCUUCCCCCUCGCCUGCCUCCCCAGACCUCAUCAGGUAGCAUAGCAUUCGGUGUAAUGGCCGGCGACCUGGGUUCAGUUCCCGCCGCUGCCUGUGAGGGGUUUGUACGUUCUCCACCCCGUGAUUGUACGUGGGUUUCCACGUGCUUGUGUCACAUGUACGUGAUUGUACGUGGGUUUCCUCUCGAUGCUCCGGUCUCCUCCCGCAUUCCAAAGGCACCCAGGCUAGGAUGACCAAGUUGUGGGCAUGCUGUGUUGGUGCUGGACACUCGCACCCCAGCACGUCUUUGAGCUGUGGUGUGCUGUUGAUGCAAAUUUCACGUUUCACUGUAUGGUUUGAUGUACACGCGACAAAUAAAACUAAAACCUUUUUAUCACCCUGGCCGAAAGUCAGUGUUCCCCAGUUUUUAAUUCUCAUUUAGCCCCUGUCCCAACCUGGGAACACAGGGCAGUUCCAAUUGACAGCCUUGGAUGUUCAAAAAUCAUCUCGCAAAGUUCGAAAAUAAUGAAUGAGGAAAGGACACUGACUGGACAAAAUCUGAACCUGUGUGAAUUGGAACGGUUCAGGUUUGACGGUGGUGCUGGGUGACAGGUAGUAAAGUUGGCCAGGGUUCCCUCUCCAUCUUUUCUCAACAACCCUGCCUACUCUCCUCCAACCCCUAAACGAGUGUUGCUAUCUCUGGUUAAGAUCUUGUCACCCAGCAGCAACCUCAAUAAAAGAUCAAAGCGCCCUUCAUCUCUCCAGCCCGCUCCUUGUUCAGGGGUUUGGUGGAUAGAGAGAGAUUAGUUAGGGAUGAGGUUCGGAGAGAAAUCGGAUGAGGGACGGGGACAGAGAAAUGGGACGGAGAGAUUGAAUCGGGGAUUGGGGACGGAGAGGGAUUGGAUCAGGGAUGCAGUGAGUGGCUCAUUUAAGUCCACUGUUGGCCUAUCACGUACAAUCCAGUUGUAAUGCUAAGACCUUGUCACCUGUACAGUUUGCCACACUGUCGAUGUACUUCAGUAAGCUAUUUAAUUUUAUUUGAAAAUGUUGAUCAAAGGGUUUUGUUUCCAAUAUAAAAGAUUUAAUAUUUCGGACUGAGACAACAAGGGUAUCCUGAUCUAAUGAAAAUAUAGGAAGUAAUUAAAAGCACUUUCUCGCGCAGCCUAAAUUAUUUUCUAGAAAAUUUGCAUUUAGGAUGUCUCAGGAAAUUUAAACUGGUUAAAUGUAAAUGCUCUUUGUGUACACUAUAUUUGUAUAAAUUGUUUUAGAUUUUUUAAAAUUUGAAAUCUUAAAAAUUGCAAUUGAAAUUGUGAAGGUUUAUCGGUGACUACUGAAUAUUGUGGAUUGGUGACCUUGAUCUGGAAUGGUGGGGUUACCACUGCAGAUGUUGCAUUAGGGGGGAGUGAUGUUCAAAGUUGAAGUAGACGUCAUGAACUGGUUGAGCGAAGCAAUUGGGUUCAGUCCUUCUCCUUGGGAACUGUUGUCGGACAUGAUUUCCUCCUCAUCUGGGCUCUUCCAAUAAUUUGCUCAGUUGAAGCAUGACGUUGCCCUCGAGAAGAUGGUGAUGAGCUGACCCCUUGACCUCCCAUGGCCUGGCAAGGGACCCAGUGACCACGACGCUGCAGUUCUUUCCACAGGGAAAUGGAGGGAGACAGCCCCGGCAAUGGCAACAUUGUGGUUAGGACCACCGUGCUUGUGGCGCUGGUUUAAGACUGUGAGACAUUAGGAGGAUAGUUGGGACGUUCGACCUAUCAGGUCAUCUCCACCAUUCUGUUGAGGCUGAUUAACAGUCAGCCUCCAUUCACUUGGCCUUGCAGUACCACAGUAAGAAUCUGCGUGUAUGUGUGUGUGUAAACGUCCGUGGCACGUGUGCUCAGAGUCAGAAAAUUAUUAGAACACAGAAGAGUACAGCACAGCAGCAGACCCUUUGGCCCACAAAGCUGUACCAAGCCAGGUAAUAUGCCAUUCAAAAACACCCAGACUCCUCCCUACACCACAUCCACACCCCUCCAUCUUCCUCACAUCCACGUGCCCAUCCAAGCAUCUCUGAAAAGCCCCUAAUGUAUCCGCCUCUACCACCGUACCAGGCAGCACAUUCUAAACACCCACAACUCUGAGUAAAAAACUUACCCCUCACACCCCCCUUGAACCUACCCCCUCUCACCCUCAGUGCAUGCCCUCUGCUAUUAGACAUUUCAAUCCUUUAUUGACCUUUGAAGGUGACGCAGGAAUUUGGGACACGUCAGUCUACCAACACUCAAUCUGUUUUUCCAGGCAGGUAGGUGAGUGAUCGCUUCCUCUUUGGCAUAUUCCAUAUGAGGGGACUGGGCACUCAGUGGGGGUGGGGGUGGGGGGUGAGGACUCACAGCACCAGGACACUAAGACUUAGGGGAGCCAUACAUCUGAAUGGAAGACCCGGACGUCGCAGUAAUCAGUCGAACACUGCAACCCCCCCCCCGAGCUUGAGGUGCAAGCUGAAGCUCACUGGCAUCUUGCCUGUGUAAGACAGACUUGUAAAAGGUUGAGAGGAGGAUGAGAGGGGAGAUUUGGUGCUGCUGUGUUGGGGGUGGGGGAGGUGAGGGUCACUUUAACUAAUUCAGCAGUCACACUGAGAGUGAAAGGCCCAAGCAGUGUGCCGAGGAGGGAGGGGAUAAUUAAGCUUUGCGAUGGAGCCCAAAUGUUCUGUAAGUUAUAUGUAAUUGCUACCUUUAGCACAAUGCUUUACAGUACAGGCGACACGGGUUCAACUCUCGCCGUGCCUGUAAGGAGUUUGUACCUCCUCUGUGACUCUGUUUCCAUACCAGUUAGUAGGUCAAUUGGUCUCCGUAAAUUGUCAAGUGAUUAGGCUCAGAUUAAAUUCCUCCGGGUGCUCCGGUUUCCUCCCACAGUCCAAAGAUGUACUGGUUGGUAGGUUAAUUGGGCUCCGUAAAUUGUCCCAUGAUUAGGUUAGGAUGAAAUUGGGGAAUUGCUGGGUGAUGCCGCUUGAAGAGCCGAAACGGCCUGUCUCUGCUGUAUCUCAAUAAAUAAGUAGAUAGAUUUACCAGUAAAUUAGCUUCAGUGUCUUUGAGAAUAUGUGUGUGUGUGUGUGUGUGUGUGUGCGUGCAUGUCAGUGUGUAUGUGAGAGAGAGGAAUGCAUUGCUUUACAUGUGCAUGUCUGCAUGCACAUGUGAGUGUUGUAUGCAUUGCAUGUCUGGAGCUGUGGGAGUGCAUGCACUGCACGUGUGAAUGUUUGUGUGUGCACGUGGAUACAGCUGGUGGUGUGUGUGUGUGUGUACGCUGAAUGAAAGAUGGGGACACCAGUGAACAUCCAUGUAUGGCAAUUAAUGUUUAUUCUCGGAACCAAAAACACUUCACGCUCCCUCAAUUGUUCCCACCGCGACAAUGCAGCCCCCCUCUGCAUGCUGACAGCGCGUUAGCCAAUGCGCAUUUGAGGUUUCUUGCGUAAACUGGACUCUAAAGAGACAGGAUUUUAAAGGGCAUUUAUACGACGACUUAAAUUUCACUCUGGAUGCAAAAUGUUCCAAGUGUCACAGUUACAACCGUCAAUGUCUUAAAAUUAAAGUUUACUUGGAAUUUUGGCUUUCUUUGUAAUAUUUGUGUACAAAAGAAGUGAAAAAUCUUGAAUUUUAUUGUUUAUUAUGUGGUGCCCAUUUUCCAGUGUACAUUUUUGUCUGUAGGAUUGCUGAUGUGAUUUAUUGAUUUCAGAACAUGUUUUCUCAUUGAAUGGUGUGUAACUUAACUUUUACCUCCACAUUUUAUACAGACUUUAUGCUUUCAACUGAGAUUUCUAUUUAAUUUGUACUUGUUUUGAUUCAGCUUUUCCACUGAUAAAUCAUCGUUUACUUUGUUCUUUUAGCAUGUAUCUGGGAAAUUAAAUUUAAAAAAAACUUUCA